UCAUCGGAUCGCAUCUUUCGGCUCUUUAGCCAUAGCCACAGCCUGCACCUGACUGAGCCUGCACGGUGACGGAGGGCACAGAGAGAGACUAGAGACAGAUCCCAUCCCAUCCCAUUCCAUUGUGCUCCGGCAUAACCAGAAGCACAUUGACCACUCUCGUCCCGAGUCGAGCUUGCUUACACGCGCACACACGUAGAGAAAGAGAGAGAGACACAGACGGACGGACAGAGAGAUGGCGGUGAUGGAGAGGCUGAAGAUGUUCGUCGUGCAGGAACCAGUGGUCGCGGCUUCUUGCCUCAUCGCUGGCGUUGGUCUCUUCCUGCCUGCUGUUGUCCGGCCCAUACUAGAUUCCAUGGAAACUUCCAAGCAGGUCCCUCAGCCUGCUUUAAACGAUGUAGUUGCUGGUAUGACUGGUAAGAAGAAAGCUUGAUAUAGCUGGUUGAUGCUGAGUUACAGCGUCUCUCUUGAAUGAUCUGUGCCAAUGAAAUAAGGUGUUUCUUUUCUUUUCCCUUUAUUUGGGAGAUCUAAGGAGCAUGCCUUGUUGGAUAUCUCUUUUGUUUAAUGUAAGGAUACUAUUGAUCCUUUGUUCAUCUGAGAAUUCUUUGCAUGAAUGAUUUACGGGUGCAACUUUUUUAUGAUGAAGGAAUACUUUACCUCAUAUGGUGAUUUCAAUAAGCAUUGAUUGUUUCAAUGCUUCUUGCUACUGCUGUUUCAUGUAAACAGAAUCCUACCUGUAUGGAAUGAAGUUUUUGAGCCCCGCUUAUAAUAA